CCCGCGCUCCCGCUCACCGGCCCUCCAGGAGCCACGAGCCACGAGCCCUUCGCGCGCUCCCCUUGCCUCCCCGGAGUUCUCCGCGCGCCUGCGCGACCGCGCCCCGCCCCACGCGCGGGCUCGUGUUCCGGUACCCGCCCGGCCUCCGGCCCGCGGCACCCGGCCCGCUCCCGCCCCGGCUGGUCUGCAGCCCUCGGCGCCAGCACCAUGCUCUUCUACUCCUUCUUCAAGUCCCUUGUGGGCAAGGAUGUGGUCGUGGAACUCAAGAAUGAUUUGAGCAUCUGUGGAACCCUCCAUUCUGUGGAUCAGUAUCUCAACAUCAAACUAACUGACAUCAGUGUCACAGACCCUGAGAAAUACCCUCACAUGCUGUCAGUGAAGAACUGCUUCAUCCGGGGCUCCGUGGUGCGCUAUGUACAGUUACCAGCAGAUGAGGUUGACACACAGUUGCUACAGGAUGCAGCCAGGAAGGAAGCCCUGCAGCAGAAGCAGUGAUGGGGACCCCCCUCCCCCGCCCUCCUCCACUGGUGAUCCAUAGCCUGUGGCCCUGCCCGGACCAUUCCCCACCGUACUUGAAGUGUUUUUUCUUAUAAUGAUGGCUUUUUUUUUUUUUUUAAGGGGAUGAGUAGACAAGAGGAAUAGUGGGGAGCAGCUCUUCUGUGUUGAGAAGGGGAACACAGAAGGCUGGGAAACUAAAACCUUCCCAGUCCCCAGCACCUGCCUUUCUCACUCUUUCCCUGGAAAUGGCAGGAGAGUCUCCCGGGUCUUCCCAGGAGAGCCUGGGAUUCAUUAUGGGGAUGGAAGGAGUCUGUCCCGCAUCGGGAAUAAAAGAUGUGCAAAGCUGA